AUGUGGGGCAAGUCCCAAACCAUGGAUGUGGUUUCUUAUCCCAAAAAUCUGCUUCUGCUCUUUAACCCCUUCCCACUGAAUUCCAUCUUCACAGCAAACACAGCUCGAAAAGUAACCGCCUCCCACUCUCCGAUGAACAUCCUUCCCUCCAUCUCGCGCCUCAAACUCUCCCCUGCUGCACCGCCGCCGCCACUCGCUGGACUCGCCGCCUCUUUCCCCUCCCGACUGCCGGCCCAACUCCCUCUCGCCAUCAGACCCACCACCAAUUCUUCCUCCCUCGCCGCCGCCACGCGUGAGCCGGUAACGUCGGCGGCCCCGCCGACCUCAUCGGACCAAGACGACGAAUUCGGCGACUACGACGAGGACGAGACCUACGGCGAGGUGAGCCGGAUCAUCGGCAGCCGGGCCGCGGGAGGGAACCGAAUGGAGUACCUAAUCGAGUGGAAAGACGACCACGUCCCCACGUGGGUCCCCUCCGAUUUCAUCGCCGCAGACGUCGUCUCCGAGUACGAGACCCCCUGGUGGACCGCCGCCAAGAAGGCCGACCCCGCCGCCUUCGGAGACCUCCUCUCCUCCUCCUCCGGUCGCGACGCAGACGCCGUCGACCGCGACGGCCGCACGGCCCUCCUCUUCGUCUCCGGCCUCGGAUCCGAGCCGUGCGUCCGGCUUCUGGCGGAAGCCGGGGCCGACGUCGACCACCGCGACUCCUCCGGACUCACCGCCCUACACAUGGCGGCGGGCUACGUCCGGCCCACCAUCGCCGAGAUCCUGAUCCAGUACGGUGCCGACCCAGAGGCAUCAGACAACCGAGGCCGGACUCCUCUAGAUCUGGCGCGGGAGAUCCUGGCGGCCACCCCAAAGCUGCAGUUCGGGAAGCGGAUGGGGCUGGAAGCGGUGGUUCAGGUGCUGGAAUCGGCCGUGUACGAGUUUGCAGAGGUUGACGAGGUAUUGGAAAAGAGAGGGAAAGGGGAGAAUAACAUGGAGUAUCUGGUGAGGUGGAAGGACGGUGGGGCUAACGAGUGGGUGAAGGCAAAGCACGUGGCGGAGGAUUUGGUGAGGGAUUUCGAGGCCGGAGUAGAGUAUGCAGUUGCGGAGCGUGUGGUGGAUAGUAGGGAAGUCGGAGAAGAAGAAGGAGAAAGGAGAAGGGAGUAUUUGGUGAAGUGGACUGAUAUCGAGGAGGAGACUUGGGAACCCGAGGAGAAUGUCGAUUCUGAUUUGAUUGGCGAGUUUGAAGGGAAUGUUGAUAAGGCAUCCUCGUGAGUCGUGACACUACUUCUCGGAAUUUUCCAUGCGAACAGAGUGGCUGAUAGCUUGUAGUUUCUUGUAUCAAAAAAUUGAUCUUUAGAGUCCAUUGAUUCUUUUGUGGUAAUGGUUCAAACUGAAGAUGGGAUCACAUGCAACAUGAAAAAGUACUGUUGCUAUAUUCUCAUUGUUAUUAGUUUUUCUUUUCUUCUUUUGAGCUUGGAACACUCCUAAACCGAUACUAACAAAUGCGCAGACUUCACAAUUCCUAAAGCAGCCAUGAAAAACCUGUGUCAACUAGUUAUUCACGCACGUAUAAUUUGCAAUGCUUCGUGAAACAUUAGUACUUUAGUAGUAAUCUACGACUUCAAUACAACAGUAAGGCACGUGGAAGUUCUGAAAUAUGAGUAACCUAUCGAAAUGCUGACGGUUAUUAACUUGGUUUAUUGUUUGUUUGGAGUUAGGGUGCAUUCUACUUUUAUUAAUU